AUGCUCAAGAAACCAUUGAAAAAACAAAAUAAAAUUAUUGAUAAUGAAAAAGAGCCAGAACUGAUUAAUAAGAUAAGUCCAAGAAGGAAAGAGUAAUUUGAAAAUCAUCAUAAAGAUGGAAAUAGCUAGCAGAGUUAGAAAAAUUCUCUUGAUAAUACAUAAAACUAGACUUAAGGGAAAGGAGGAGGCAGCUCUUAAAAUAGGAAUAAUUUAGAAGAGAUAGUGAAGUUGUUACAAAAACCAAUAAUAUUUUAAAUUACUUUUACAAACAAAUUGUAGCAAUCUAAAAUACCACAGUAGUAAAUUCAGUAAUCAUAGAAAUUAAGUAAUUAGUAAUAAUCGAAUUUGUUAAGUGGAAACAACUAUAAGCUUAGUUAAAACUUAGUCUCUAACUAAAAUAGUAACAGUAAUAGUAAUUCUAACAACUUUUAGUCAAUUAGCGAAUCAGAUAUACCUAAAUAUAUUGAGCAAUGCAUAGAAACAGGAUUAAAGUACCUAGAAUAGAACAACCUGAAAGAAUCAAUAUAGCAGUUUCGUAAUGCAGAAGUUCUUAUCGAUACGUAUAUGUAGUAAGAAGGAAAAGUUUCAACUGACCUCAUGCUUGCCGUUGUAAUAAAUUUAGGAAUUUGUUUUUAUAAAGCAGGGCUAUUUGAUGAAGCCUAUUCUUGUUUUGAAAAUUCUGAUAUGAGAAUGAAAAAAAAAAUUGCUGAAAAAGCAGCUUCAUUAACUUAAAGCAAUAAAAAUAAUAAAAAUCCAGAAUCGAAGUAUUCAGCUUCAGCUGGUAAGUCUUUCUAAAGCAAUCAAUAAUUCACAGAUUCUAACGGUUUGCCUGUUCCUAAUACAAUUGGCGGUUGUAUAUCAGAAGCAGCUUUUAUCUCAUCAUUUUCUAAAACGUUGAAAGAGGGAAGUUAAAUAAAUUAAAAUGGAUUUACUUCUCAGGGUAUUGAAGAUGUUUUAACAUAUUUUUCUAAUUUAGGAAAUAAGCUCAAGCGUAAAAAGUUGAGAUUAUCUCUGAAUUUAUAAAUGUGUAUUUUGUUUAGUGAAAUAGGAAAGCAUGAAGAUGCCUUAGAUUAUGCAAAAAAAUCUUCAAAAAUUGCGAUUCAUAUAUUAUAUGAUUGUCUUUGUAUUUGUUACUUCAUUCUCAUUCGAGGAAACAUGCUAAGUGCUAAUCAAGCUGUUCUUCAUACAGAAAAUUCUGCAGUCAAUUCAUCUUCUGUAGCAAAAAGUUAAACAUUAACUGAGCCUUCGUCCGAAUCUACAUUAAGUCUAUCUCAAAAAGUAUUGCUGUAAUUCGAAAAACUCAAUAGAAGCUCAAAUAAUUCUACUGUUUAAAGCUAAGCCCAGCAAUAGUAGCUAAUAAUAAAUAAUAAUUCGUUAAAUAACUCUCACAGAAGAAUAAGAAGUGAAUAUGGAAAUAAUAAUGUAACUUAAAAUAAAACAACUAGUCAAAGCAAUCAAAGAAACUCCUCAUCUUCAUGUGAUAAUAAUCAAAUUGCUUCUCCUGUAGUGAAGCAGCGCUCUGGCAGCACUAAAGGUCGCUUGCUAACUCCUACAAAUCCUUUAGAAAAAAAAUUAUCUUCUUCUUCUGCUUAUUCAAAUUCCCAUUUAAGUAAUAAUACAAUGUCUGGAUCUUCAAAAGGUCUCAAAUAAUGUUCAAGCAUUUAUGGUAAUUUACUCAGUGAAUCUUCUGAUGCUCCAAUUUUCUCUUAGGAAGAAGUAAAUCUUGCUUUCAAAUGCUUGCCUAUUUUUCAUUACAUUACCAACAAUUUUGGAGCUCUGAGAGAUAACUUUAAUGAAAAAUUUGAUAAAAAAGUCAAAUUAGCUUUGUAUAUGAGAUAAAUAUAUGAGGAAUUAAUUUCAUCGAAAGAGGUUGACCCCAAAAAGAGAUUGAGUUUUAUUCUUUCGCCAUCUUAGCUUGAUAUGCACUUUAUUAAUAGUACAAUAAAGGAAAAUCAUUGGUUAUUAACAUCAAAUAUACUCAAUUUACUAUAAAUGAAACCAGUUUCUUUAUCCACCAUAUCUUAGUUUACUCCAACAUUUAACGAAAUUAUAGUAGAAAGCUCUUUAAGAAAGAUAGUUGAAUCUGCUAUUUGCUUUUAUUGCAUUUCAACAGAAACAAGAUUUAUUGAAGAGUCCUCUUUUUUGCAAAACCCCAACCUCAGUUACAAAAUUUCAGAUUCAGAAUUCUGGCUUGGUAAAAGUUUAGAAAUUGCUUAUACUUUAAUUCCUUAAGAUGCACCUAUGAUUUCUCAAAUCAUUAAUGUUUACACUAGAUUUCAUGGAGUUGAUAAGCAAAUUAUCCCUGAAGAAGAAGAAUUUCCUGACCAAGUAAAAUUAUUAAAACCUCAAAAAGGUGUGAAUAUAACAGCCUCAUCUUCUAUUGCCUUAAAAAAUAAUUUUUUUAUUCCUGCAAUAAGAACAACUAUACCAAAAAACCAUGCUUAAGAUUUGUACAUCUUUUAUCAUUCAUAACCUCAUGCAGGAGAAAAUUUAGAACUUUAUAGCUCUGAUAGAAAAUCUAAAGAGUCACCCCAAGGAACUGAAAAUAUAGAAAAGAAGUAAAAGCACUUUGAAAAAGAUAUAUAGUUUUAAAAUAUAGCAAAAAAAGUAUAAAUACCUAAAAGCAUAGAAGAUCAAAUGCUUUAACAUGAACAGUAAUUAAUAGAAUAAUUUAGUCAAUAAAAUAAUAUAACCCAACCAAAUAAUAAUGUAAUCAUUUCCAAUUAAUAAAAUAUAUCUGGAGGAGAUAGUUUAUUGCAAGAGGGAUCAAAUAUACUUACUCCGUUAACAUAAGAAAGCACUCAUUCAUAGACUAUGAGUGCUACACAAUAAUCUCUUACAUUAAAUGGGUCUAUUUCAUAAAAAGGAUAAUAAUCAGAAACACUUUAAAAAUAGUAAGAAUAGUUUUAAGAAAAUCAAUAAAAUAAAUAAAUAAAAACACAUCAUGUGUAAUAAGUACAUCCUGGAAUAAAUAAUUCUUCAUAAAGCGAUGCUCUUUAAUAUUUUAAUUAGUAGAAUUUGAAAUAACAAAACUUGUUAAAAGCAGAGGAGUAAUACCUUAAUCAAUAAAAGUACUAAUAAGCUUAAUAUUUGUUUGAAAAUAAAACUCGCUCUUUGAGUAGAGAUAAAAAGUAAUCUACUGGGUAAAGCAAUCCUAGCAACUCAUCAGCAAAUAGUAAUUCCAUUAAAGAUUAACAAUAAAUACUGGAUAAAAUAGAAGAAAUUGUUAAAAAGCAAAGACCUUAAAGCAGCUCUAUUCAUUCAUCUUCCACCUAAGCAGGAUCAUAGAAUUUAAAUAAUAUAAAUUAAAGUAACAUCUUUGGAACUUCUACAAACAUAAAAAAAUCUUAAUUUAAUAGCAGUAGCAACAACAAUAAUCAAGCUCAAAAUAAUUUAAUUUCUGAUAUGUCUAAUCAAAUAUGCUAUUCUGAGCCUUCAAAUAGCUCUUCUAAUAAUAAAAACAAUAAUAAAAUUAAGGUUUAAAACAUAAUGAAUUCUAAUAAUAAUCAUGGAAUUAUCAGUGAAUAAGGAGUUUCAAAAAGCUAAGGAAGAAAUAUUCAUACUUCUCCUCCUUAGCACCAACAGUAGCAAAAUAAUUUAUAAAUAAAUAAUGUAGGUGGUUAAACAAACAAUAACUUUUAGUAAAUUUUUAUUAUUUAAUAGUAAUUGCUGAACCAAGCUAAGGCAAAAAGGAAUAAUCAGCAAUUAACAAAUAAUUCGAAUUAACUUAAUGCAUAAAAUAAUACCAAUUCCUCAGCUUAAAACUAACAAAAAUAGCAAGGACACAACUUUUUAAAAAGUUUCAAUUAGUUUUUAAAAUAAAAUCGACUUUAAGAUGAUAGAAAGUAAACAGAGCCAAAGAAACCUUCUGCAGCAAACAAUAACAACAAUAACAACAAUAACAACACCCAAAACGGAAAUUAAAUCCAGCAAAAUCCGAAUAUGACAUUGUCUUAUUUUUAACAGUAAAAUCAAUAAUAAAAUAUUAACUAUACUUAACAGCAAAAUCCACUAAACUUGACUGAUAAAAUAACUGCUAAAAAAGUGAUGAAACAAAACUUUUUUGAAAACCACAGACCAUCUCUCCCUGAAUAAUUUGGUUUGUCUAAUAUUAGCUAAUAAAUUCCUACUUCUUAAAGCACAAAAAAUAGCACAAAUUCAAAUAAUUUAACUGGGAGCACAAAUUUUGGAAAUGGAUCUCUUUAAAAAUCCUUUAAUUAUAGUUUGUUAAAACCAUAGCAGUAAAAUCCCACUGAAUUUGCAAAUUAAAAUGGUGCUAAAAAUAACUAAUUCAAUAAUGAAAAUGUAAUGCCUAUCCGCCAUUCAUCAGAACCUCACAAUGCUCUAAAGGUAUAAGGUUAGAACUCAAAUAACUAAUCUUUAAAUAAUAGCAAAUAGCAAGAUAACAAUUAUCUUUUUUCAGUUCUACUAAAUCAAUAACAAGGAAGGUAAAAUUCUUAAGAAAAAGAAGCUGCUGCAUAAUUAAGAGAAAAGAAGCUUAACAGUUUUAAGCAAGGAGAAAUUUAAAUCAAUACAAAUUUAAUAUAUCUACCAAGUACUAUUAGUGGAGGUUCUUCAACGACAGCAGCUCACACAAAUAUUUCAACUACUGAAAAUUCUCUGCUUCCAUAAGAGAACUUUUUGAAGUAAAUAGAAAUGAAUAAUUAUUCUCUCAAAAACUCACAAAAGAGAAACAAUUCUGCAGGCAAUAAAAACUCUUAAAAUGCCAAUUAAAAUUUUAACACAAACUCUAACUUAAAUUAAUUAGUGUCAUCAAAUUAGUAUAUCUAAGAAAAUUAACCCUUAAUAAAUAAUUUUAUACCAAAUAAUAGCAACUUCAAUUCAUCUUUGCAAUAAAGUUUUAAUGGAUAACAUAUACUUUAAAAUAUAGGUUCAAUUUCUUCAUCUAAUUAGUAAUAUUAGCAAAACUUAUCAGCUAGUCUAACUUAAUAAUCUAAUAGUAAAUAAUAGUAAGUUUUAACUCAAUCAUCUAUCAACCAAUAACUAGCCUCUACUGUUAUUUAAAAUAAUAUUGUUUUUUAAUAGCCUGCUUUAGAAUAAAAAUCUCAAAAAGUAAAUAGCAGAUAACUCCAUAAAAGAAAGAUGGUUUCAAAUAACAUUCAAUUUAACAACGAAAAAUUCAAUCUUAUAUCUGUUAAAUCCCCUUCUAAUUUUUCAACCCUACAAUCACCCACCAAUAAUUUUCAAAGCAUUCCUUCAACUACCAAAUCUAAUUUUGCUAAGAUUUCUAUGCCUAACUCAACUUAAGUGCAAACAAAAAUUUAAUUCCCCUAAAGCUCACAAGUAGGAUAAGCUUCUGCUUCUUCAAGCUAAUAAAGAAAAGAUUCAGUUCAUAGAAAGAGAAGAAUAAAAACAGAUUCUUAUGAUUCUGGGGCAUUUAACUCUUUUGAUAUUGAUAAUAAACUUAGAAAUUCGUAUGAGCGUGCUCACAGCAAUCAGCAAAAUGCUAGACUAAAAACAUAAAAUUGA